UUGAGCAGAAAAUAAGCAAGAAACAAGAAGUGUGAGAGAAAGUGAGUCUUUCUUAUGUUUUUUGUUUUUGAAGAAAACAAAUUAUAAAAGAGAAACCAAAUAUGCCUCCUAUUAUGGCCUUUGACAAGAAGGAUGAUGAGUUUCCUGCAAAACUGACUGGACAGGUUGUGAUUUGUUCUAUUAUUGCAGCCUUUGGUGGUCUUAUGUUUGGCUAUGAUAUUGGAAUUUCAGGUGGGGUGACAUCAAUGGAUGAUUUCUUGGAAAAGUUCUUCCCAAAAGUCUAUGUUAGAAAGCAUAGGGCUAAAGAAGACAACUACUGUAAAUAUGAUAACCAAAUGUUGCAGUUGUUCACAUCUUCAUUAUACUUAGCUGCAAUUGUGUGUUGUUUCUUUGCCUCAAAGUGUUGUAAGAGGUUUGGUAGGAAAAUUACAAUGCAACUUGCCUCUUUGUUCUUCUUUAUUGGAGUUAUCCUUAAUGCUGCUGCUAUGAAUCUGCCUAUGCUUAUCAUUGGACGGCUUUGUCUUGGUGCUGGUGUUGGAUUUGGCAACCAGGCUGUGCCAUUAUUCAUAUCAGAGAUAGCUCCAGCAAAGUACAGAGGUGGUCUCAACAUUUUGUUCCAAAUGUUGAUCACAAUUGGUAUUUUAUGUGCCAAUAUAGUCAACUAUUUAACUUCAAAAAUGCAUCCACAUGGUUGGAGAUUUUCCCUUGGUGGUGCAGCAGUUCCAGCAAUAUUUCUUGGUUUAGGUUCUUUUCUCAUUGUUGAAACACCAACUAGCCUAAUUGAACGUGGCCAAAAAGAACAAGGCAAACAAGCCUUAAGAAAAAUUAGAGGUGUAGAUGAUGUUGAAAAAGAAUAUCAAGAGAUUUUACAAGCUACUGAAUUAGCUCAACAAAUCAAAAAACCAUUUAGAAAUCUCAUGAACAAAUCUAGUAGGCCACAACUUAUAUGUGGUACAAUUCUUCAAAUUUUUCAACAAUUUACUGGGAUAAAUGUUAUCAUGUUCUAUGCUCCUGUAUUAUUUCAGACGAUGGGAUUCGGCGGAAAAGCGUCGUUAUUAUCUGCUAUUGUUACUGGUAUGGUUAAUGUGGUUUCAACCAUAGUUGCAAUACUUGGAGUUGAUAAAUUUGGAAGAAGAGUUUUACUUAUUGAAGCUGCUGUUCAAAUGCUUGUUGCCCAGUGUGUUACAGGAGGAAUUCUUGCAGUGCAUUUGAAAGCCACAAAUGUAAUACCAAAAAACUAUGCAUAUUUUGUGGUUGUGUUGAUAUGUGUUUUUGUGAGUGGAUUUGCUUGGUCAUGGGGUCCAUUAGGAUGGUUAAUUCCAAGUGAAAUUUUCCCAUUGGAGACAAGAACUGCUGGAUUUUUCUUUGCAGUUAGUAUGAACAUGAUUUGCACUUUCAUUAUAGCUCAAGCUUUUCUCACAAUGUUGUGUCACAUGAGAUCUGGGAUCUUCUUCUUCUUUGCUGUUUGGAUAGUCAUUAUGGGAAGUUUUGCAUAUUUCUUCCUCCCUGAGACUAAAGGAAUCCCUAUUGAUGAAAUGAAUGAAAGAGCUUGGAAGAAACAUUGGUUCUGGAAGAAGUAUUUCGACGAUGAUUCUGCUGGUGGAGAUCAUCGAGAUGCCAAAAUCCCAGUAAAUUAAGAGAAUUAGUCGGGCCAAUGAGUACCGGGCACUGAAGAUUAGUCAAAAAGAAAAAAAAUGAACCAUUUCUUUCCUAGAGACUUUCAAAAUUUCUAGUCUCCUUUUUUGUUCUUUUAGUAACCCAUAUUAUUAUAGGUAUUGAGAAACUAAAGUUAUUUGUUUAGUUUGCUACUUGUCACUAUGUACUUGUGCUCCCCCAUUGCCACCAAACUUUGGUGAAUCAAUGCUAAC